AUGGUCGAGACGACAAAGGAACCCAAAGCAAGCUCCGACAAGAUCGUCGUGGAUACCUCAAAUCUGACCGAGCUCAAAGCUACCUGCGACGAAGCAGUGGAACGUAUCCUGUCGCGCCAACCUGAUCCACAUGCAACCUCGACGCAACCGCCAGCGUUCGCUCCGUUCAAGGUCAGCCAUUUCCACACCGAUCUGCGCCUCGUGCUCGGCUUUGCGGCCUCAGCCGUCAUGAUCGGCACUUCGAUCUGGGCGUACUUUGUAGAAAAGGAGUGGAAGAACAACAAGCACGCCUGCGCCAUCGCCGUAGUAGUCUACACCAUCUUGUCAGGCAUACAGAUGGCCGACUCAUACCUCCAAGGCAACAACGUCUUCAUCGGCACACGCAAAGCUCAGUCCGACCGCACACCGACCGAACAUCUCACCAUCGCGUCGCCGCCGCUCCCCAAAGCCAUCAAGAAAGAUACAAAGACGACCGAUGGCAAACCCAUCCUCACGCCGCCAGCAUACUCGCUUGACAUCACAUACAGGCGCACGAGCACAAAGGAUAGCUCGCACGCCGUACAAAAGAGCACCCCUUUGCCACUCGGUCAUCUAGGCGAAUGGUUCACCCAGGAAGGAGAGUUCAUCGAGCGCGUCUUUGAGCAGAGAUUGCUUUCAGGUCUCGAAAAGGUUUUUGGCCAGUAG